AUGGGGGACGUGGUGCCGGGGGAGCAGCUGAGCGCGGAGGAGAGGAGCCGCCCCGUUACCAAGGCGGACGCCGCCAGAGCUGAACACAUGGAGUCGAUGUCGCACGGCGGGCCCGUGAAGGGCGGCACAGCGGCGGCGCUGCAGUCAGCGGCGGACAAGAAUGUGCAGGCGGGGGUGGUGCCACCGAUGUGGCAAGAGGGGGGCAUGGGCGCGGCGAUCCGCAUGGGGGACGUGGUGCCACCAGGAGAGCAGCUGAGCGCGGAGGAGAAGAGUCGCCCCGUCACUAAGGCGGACGCUGCUAGAGCUGAACACAUGGAGUCCAUGACCCAUGGCGGGCCGGUGAAGGGCGGCGCAGCAGCGGCGCUGCAGUCAGCGGCGGACAAGAACGUGCAGGCGGGGGUGGUGCCGGCCAUGGCGCACGAGAAGGCUGCUGCUCGUGUUGAAGCCACGGGUGCAGGGGCAGAAGCAGCACAGAAAAAAUGGGUGGACUAG